GUCAAGUAGCAUUGGUGGCCGAAUGGAGCACAACAUUUAGCUCCCGCUUAUCCCCAGACAGUACGUCACUGAUAUUGCCGUGCUACGCGGAACCCGUGUCCGUGUCUCUCGAGAAGCAUUCGCACGACACCUGUAGUUUACCAUUAGCCUCAGGAACUGGUGACCUAUUCCAAAUGAACGAUGGGUCUCAGGGAAACAUCGACGUCACGUCUCGAGCUUGUAGCUAUGAGCUAUAAGUACAGCACCAGCUGCGAUCGCUUUGAUCAACACUUCACCUACGAACCAUGACUGCAUUGACUUUCCUCGCUCUCGCCGGCUUAGCCGCUGCUGAUUAUACCAGCCAAUUUGGUGGUGCCAUUCCCGCUGGACUUUGCGCACCCAACACUGCUGGCUUCACGAACCCUACAAUCCAGCCCUCUCGCGGUGGUGCUGCUAUCUGUGUUUCUGGAGAUGUUGCCGUUCAAGCCUCUGCACAAAAUGUCAAGUUCAACUUCAACAUUCCUGCCAACGAAUCGGAAGUCACGGAUACUUUCCUGAAGUACAUUACUUCGGGCUCGACAUUCGCUCAGAGCAUCAUGGGAGGUAUGCAGACUAUCUCCGGCAACUACACCAUUGGCGCGACUCUCUGUAUGCCUGCAAAUGGCACCAUUCCCAGCUCUGUGCAGCUUCUCACUCACGGAAUUGGAUUCGAUCGCUACUACUGGGACUUCGCCCCAGGCUACAGCUACGUUGACUAUGCCGUUGAGCAAGGCUACGCCACCUUCAGUUAUGACCGUCUUGGUGUUGGCAAGUCUGCUACUCCCGAUCCGAUUCAAGUAGUCCAAGGACCUCUUGAGGCCAGCAUUGCCAACCAGCUCGCCUUGUCUCUUCGCAACUCCGCCUUUGCCAACGCAAACUUUUCCACUGUGAUCGGUGUUGGUCACAGUUUCGGUAGUGCGAUCACUCAAUCAGUCACGCACAACCACCCCUCCACCUUUGACGCUGCCAUUCUGACCGGAUUCUCUGGCAAUCAAACCGCUAUCGCCGCCUUCGUCACCGCUUUGAACCUCCAGAUCGCUUCCCAGAACCAGCCUUACAGAUUCUCCGGCCUCAACAACGGUUACCUCGUCGAUUACUCGGCGGUAAGCAAUCAAUACGGUUUCUUCCGCUCUCCCAACUUCGAUCCUGCAAUCCUCGCCGCUGGAGAAGCAGCAAAGGGAACUGUCACAUUCGGAGAACUCUUCACCCAAGCUGCCAUCGCUGGUGUUGCAAGCAAUUUCACUGGGCCUGUUGCUAUUGUCAACGGUGACGCUGAUCUCCCCUUUUGUUUCGGAAACUGCAGUUACCCUAUGAAUCUUGCUCAGGCUGCUGUUACCAUGCUGUACCCUGCUGCUUCGGCUACUGGCAACUACUUGGCUCCUUUGACUGGUCAUGGCGUAAACUUGCACUACACUGCUCUGGACGCUUACAAAUACAUUGGCAGCUUCCUCAAGCAGAACAGAUACUAGAUGUGGGAGGAAAGAGACAAGUGAAAUGUAAUGUUUAGUGUUUAGCGAAAUUGUGUAGAACUGAAUACAACCGUAUUAAUUUCCGAAGUGGUCUCUCCCAAAUACAAAACCGGCAGUCUUCUUUGACUAAUUCGAACCCACCUUUGUCUUGUGAGCUGUACGGUGAUAACUU